ACAUUUCCAUUUGCUUCAGUUCGGAUCGGUAGCUGCUGUUGAUAGGUUGUGUUGUAGCAGCCUUGUCGAUACGAACGUCUACAAUUCGUUCAUUACGAUAACGUUCAGUUGUGAUUUCAAAAAAAACUUGUUUACGUAUGUCCAAAAUUAAACUUGCGGAGUGCUUUGCCAUAAAGCUGGAUCGGAUAUGUCAGCUCAGUGCUGAAAACACCGUUUUUGUCGAAAGUUUCUCGUGUAUGGCAGGAUGCUGUACAUCUUGCCACCCCUAAGGAGCCAAAAUCCUCCGGCCCCUUGGAGCAAUUUGAUUUGCACCAACGGGAACAAUCGUAACAGUGGAAAUCUGGAUAACAGCUCCACCGGUUGGAAGAACAAUAACUCCAAGCCACCCAAGAUUCAGCUUAGAAAUUUACAAAUUCUUCCCAAAAGAGAUGAUGAAUCAUCGGAGUUCCACGACACGCUCGACGCUAACCGAAAUUCCAAAAGUCUCAGCGAAUGUUACUUUGCGGGCAAAGGCACUGCGCUGGUACUACCGGAUGCAGACGCAACCGCUCAACUUCAGCAACAUGUUGCGGUCGGGUCCAAUGUUGCGACUGCCGAAUCUGGAUCGGGGGCGGCACUGCCAUGUGGUGCAGUUGGGGGCGGCCAGGCCAGUAGCGCCAUUCAGCGACACUUGCAGUCCAUGUUUUACCUACUACGACCAGAAGAAACACUUAAAAUGGCAGUGAAAUUAGAAAGCGUCCAUCCAGUCAGAACUAGAUAUCUGGUGGUCGUAUCCAGGAUGGGCAGUAGAGGAGAGGAAUCAUGUCUGUUGGGUAUCGAUUGCAACGAAGACACCACUGUUGGACUGGUGUUGCGUGUCCUGGCCGAUACGAAGAUCACUCUUGAUGGAGAUGGGGGCUUCAGCGUCGGAGUUUGUGGUAGUCAUCACAUUUUUAAGCCAGUUUCAGUGCAAGCCAUGUGGUCAGCGCUUCAAACCUUGCACAAAGUGAGUGCCAAAGCCCGAGAGGGCAAUUUCUUCCAAGGUGGAAGCACUCACGCUUGGGUGGAACAUUACGAAACGCGCGUUGCCUCAGACCGUUCCUGUCUUAAUGAAUGGCACGCAAUGGACUGCUUGGAGUCCCGAAGACCUCCAUCUCCCGAUUCAGUGCGAGCCAGACCGACGGAGCGCAACGAAACUGAAAAGGUGAUCAGAUCCACUCUGAAGGAAAUCAUGAUGUCUGUCGAUCUGGAUGAGGUCACAUCGAAGUUCAUCCGAUCGCGUCUCGAAGAGCAACUCGAUAUGGACCUGGGGGAGUUCAAGAGCUUUAUCGACCAAGAGAUGCUGGUCAUUCUGGGUCAGAUGGACGCUCCGACCGAAAUUUUCGACCAUGUCUAUUUGGGGUCCGAGUGGAACGCCAGCAAUUAUGAAGAAUUGCAACGUAAUGAAGUUCGGCACAUUUUGAAUGUGACGAGAGAAAUCGACAACUUUUUCCCCGGCACAUUCGAUUACUUGAACGUGCGCGUCUAUGACGAUGAAAAAACCGACCUGCUCAAGCACUGGGACGACACAUUCAAGUACAUUACAAAAGCAAAAAACGAGGGUUCCAAGGUGUUGGUACAUUGUAAGAUGGGCAUUAGCCGAUCGGCCAGCGUAGUGAUUGCGUACGCCAUGAAGGCCUACAAUUGGGACUUCAACAAAGCGUUGCAUCAUGUCAAGGAGAAGCGCACCUGCAUCAAGCCCAACACCAACUUUCUGGCGCAGCUGGAAACAUAUCAAGGGAUCUUGGAUGCAAUGAAGAACAAAGAGAAACUGCAGAGAUCAAAGUCUGAAACUAAUCUGAAAUCGCCCACUAACAAUAACAAAGCGGAGAAGGCGCCUAAAGGUAGAGAGCCGACGCCAGUCGUGCCAGUCUUAUCCAAAUCUUACGAUCUCCAAUCAAUGCUCUCUGGCCAAGACCUGAGGCAGAUAGGGACGCGCCCUAAGUCCUGGUCACCUGACAACUUAGCAACCAGGGAAAUCAAGGAAGGCAUUAAAUCAUCUUCCGGAUUUAUGAGUUUGGAGGAUCUAAGCCAGAAGAGCGCAUCGAAAGAGAGUGUGCAAGAGUCGAAAGCGUCCCUAGCUCGGCACGUGUUAAUGCCCUGUGAUAACGGCGAAUCUUAUAGUGUUUCUCCGAACCAAAUCGUGCACCUUCCUGGCCAUGACACCACCCCGUCCCGUCCAGAGGACAAAAAGGCUGGCGAUCUGGACACGAGCGACCAUAGUUCCUGUAGUGUUAGUAGUGCAAAAACUGCUGUGACGUCGGAAACGUGGGAUCCCGGAGAAAAAAAUCUGGACGAAAUAGUCUGUGACAGUAGAACCGACAGCGUCUGUGAUGAAAAGUUUAGUAGUGUAGUGGCUAGCGAAAGCAACACGCCGGUCUGGACCUCAUCCGCCGUGAUAGUGGCUCAAUGUGCUGUGUCUUCUAGUGGUUUUAUUAACAAAGUUCCUGAAUCUCGCUGUACUAAAAACACUGCUCAAAGUGAUCCGUUUUCGAACCAGCUCGACCGGGUGUUCGACAAGGAAGAGAAGAAGCAACAGAGGCGAGCUACGAUACCAAUUGCGGGCGAAAACAGUGUUGCAACGGAGGAGAACCUGAAGCGGGACUGUCCGUCGAGGCAGAGUUCUUGGAGCUCUUACGAUAGUGCCGUAGCCAUGGGAUUUUCGGAGAAAAACGAACUGUCUAGGCACAGUUCGUGGGGAUCGGGAGACACCAGGAUACUGCCCAGCAGGAACAGCUCAUGGGGAUCAUACGAUAUGCGACCCAGGAAGUCUGUCUAUUAUAGCAAUGAAAAUGGUGAAAAAAUCCUCCACAGUGCAUCUGACUUGGAGCACAGUUCGAGUGGAAUCUUCCCGUAUGAUAAAGAAGACAUUCCCUGGCAUCCGGGAACAGUGAAGCGCACUAAGCAGCGCCUGGAAGGGAGCAAUGGUAGGCAGCUCAAUCAGGAUCAGAGUGUGAGCAGUAGUGCCACAUCAUUAGCAAAAACUCCCAGUUCUGAGGGGAUUCCCGCCAACUUAGUACAGGCCGUGAAUGAAACUCUCAUUGAGCGUGCAAAAACGUCGGGUGAAGAGCCGACUAGUGCCAUAUCGGAGACAAUCAACAUUCCUAAGAGUGAGUUACGCGCGCCCAAGUUAUCCAGACUUUCGGCCAGCGCUCCAGAACCUUGUUCGAUGGAAUUGGUGGUCCAAGAAUGUUCCCUAUCGCGGUCAGCUUCGAACGUGUCUUCUUCUUCAAAUGCAACUAUUCAGCAAGGUGAGAUCGCAGCCGGAAAGCUGGAUCAAUGGACAUCAGUGAAACGACAGAGAAGCUUCCUGGAAAGUCUGCAGAAAGAAGCCACUUCAUUCAGCAAAAAAACUGAAGAUCCACUUGACACUGCCAGUUCAUUGGGAAAAGUACAAAAUUUGACGAAAGAGUUUGAGGCAAAAUCCAGCACUACAUGUCUAGAUCAAAUGAGUGGGCGCGUCGAUCAGGCCGACGCUGGUCCCAAAGGAUCCAAGAAUCUAGUCAGCAGUCUGCCUUCAUCGCCAGUUUGUGUUCAUCAAAGCAAAGAACAGCCUCAAAAUAUGGUGAACGACGAUCUAAAGUUCAAGCAGAUUCGAAGCGUGUUCGAGAACAAGGACGAUGUGAAGUUGCGGCAAAAUAAUGGAAAGUCCAAUAGGGUAAAUUCACGUUACUCGUGCUGUGAAGUCAAAAAUCCCCGAGUCGUCGGUCUGCCGCUGAUAACCAACUCAAACCGAGCAGAAAAAACUGAGCGCGACUGCAAGCGACCACCCAUUGUUCCGGCUGUGAAGCAAAUCGCCGCCACUGUUAUUGACAGAGCAGUGAAGAAGCAGCAACAAUACGGAAAAACCCAUCCCCUGGCCAAGAUCAACAUCAAAUCCAGACAAAAUAAUCCUCUCUACAACACAAUGUAAAAAGCCACACAAAAAAACUGGUGGAGGUGAGUGUUUUUUGAUAAAAUUAGGAUAUUUUAUUCAAAUUUAAGUUAAAGCUUCGAUUGGCUCGACCAUAAAGCACAAACGUUAUUAAUCCAUAUUGGGUUUCAAAUUUUAUAAGCGGGGUGUUCAACUAAGGUUUUGCGCCUGCCACGUUCCUGGCCAUUGAGAAGCAUUUGCAUUUGUAUUCUUUCUCUUAUAUUGUCAACAUUUUUAGUUGAACACCCAGUGAAAUCAAAGCGUUACAACAAACACUGAAAAAUUUGGACUUUUUUUGAACUGGGACAACUUCUGGAGUUACUGCCCAUGCAGGGUGGAAUGGGAGACCCAUAAUCGUUAACAAUUACUAAAUAUAAUACAAUAAUUUGAAAAUAAAGCUUUUGAAACAACACUUUAAUAUUGCGGCUCGCUAAUUAAAGGUUCCCUGAACCCUGGACAUGGUCUUUAAUAGUGCUCAUUUUUAAUUGCCUAAAAUUUCCAUCAGGUUGAAAAAUUUAAAGUCAUUGAAUGCCAGAUCCCAAGUCCAGAAGCUCUUUUAAGACUGUUGUUUAUUUUAAUCAUGUGGUCUGCAGUGGCUCCAUCCUAGCAGCUUUAACAUGAUUUUAUGGAUAUAGGGGCCAUAUGCCAUUACCAAACUGUAAAUCUACAUCACAAACAUUAACAAAUGGGUCUUAUUUGCGCUAGCGUGUAACGCUAAUGUUACAAAAAAAUGGCUGUGACUGCACUAUUACUUUACCUUAUUUUUGUUAGAUUUUACCUGUUAAAUAAGUUUUUCCCGUUGUUAAGGCAAAUUUUAUUUAGUAUCACAGAGAGUAAAUGAGCUAUUGAACUGAAAUUGAAAAAAUGCUCUCUAUUUUCUCAAUAUCUCGGUUUAUUGUGAAUGAUCAGUGGCAGUUAGAACAAAACGAAAACGCUCUAUUUUUCUGCUCAGAAGGCUACAGUAAAAUUGUAUAUACAUAGACUGUAUUUAGUCAUAAUUAUGCACUUAUCACAAUGACUGCUAUCUUAAUUUGCCCUUUUUGUGUUUCAAAAUCAUUUUAAUGCCUGUGCAUUAAUAACAUCGUUUAUUAUAUGUUAGAAAUUGAAAAGUAGGUCAAUCGUAAUGCGAGAUGUUUUAUAUAUUAGUUGAAUUAGCUAUAAAAUUUCCAGCUUACUGUGUGUCUAAGAGGAUCUGUGUGCUGAUGUAAAUAGGGCAAAAUAUAUUUUCGGACACGUGGAUUUGCAUUCAGUAGAGUAUAACGCUUCCCAAUUCAAACAUUCUUAACUUUUCGCCAUUUCUAGAAAUGUAUAUUCGUAAUGUCCCAGCAGCCGAAUUUCCUAUUUGUUCGAAUGGAAUACUGAAACUGCUCAUCCCAAUGGUAGAACGAGCAUUUAGAAAUCAUUGGGACAUUUUGAAAUCAACUUCUAGCUCAACUCGAACUUGACAAUAAAUCGUUAUCAUCACCACACCAGUAGGAGUGGCCAAAAGCCAUACUGUGCUCGCUCUCUCAGUUUCUAGAUGGCACCAAUUCGGAAAGAUCUCAAAACAGUUGGUUAUUUUAGUACUAGUCAUCUGCAAAUCGUUCCUUAAAAGAUCACAUAUUUCUAUUAGAACUUACCGUUUAACUUAAGGUUUUGCUUUUAAAUUUUGACAACGCGGGAUUAGAUUAUUUCAACAGCCAGCUGUUACGAAGGCUGUAGGUACCCUAAUAAAUGGAAAAUGAGGAAAAAUGUUUUGUUGCCAAAUGAUGACUUGUAGGUUACUGAAAAACUUUUCUGAUGUGAAAUGCAUACGCUGUCGUUUUUUGCUUAUGUGUGUAUUUAUGUGAUAGUUAUAAAAAAAUUUGUACUAUAGGUGUAUAAAUUAUUCUACGAUGUACCGCUUAUAAAACAUGAGAGAACUGUUUCAAACGUAAAGUCUACAAAAGAACAUUUAUUGUUUCGGA